UAUGCGUGAAAGUACAGGUAAGCAUCUGCCGAAGAAGCUCCAACGGGCAGCACUUCCCACCCCCUUGGUGCUUUUUCUGUGUAUAAAACCUUGUCAGUGCCAAAUAUCGGUACAGUCGCCACAAGACCUGACAUCACUCAAGCAUCAUGAACUCUUUUGGCGUGGUACUCGCCUUUGCCAUGGCCACUUUGGCCGUCGCUGAGCCCCCGUCAGGUUACAGCUACAGCAGACCAAGCGGCGGUGGCGGAGGUGGUGGUUUCGGAGGCGGCUACUCCCUGUCCGGAGGCGGUGGCGGUUAUACAGCGGUAUCUUCCGGCUACCAGACAUCCGAAGGUGCCUCCGUAGACCCCGCUCUCCUCGAACAAGUACGUCAGAUCCUCCUCAAAGAAGAGCAAAACUCUGCAUCCAGCUUCGGCGGUGGUCAUGGUGGAAUCAGCACUUCCUACGGUGCUCCAUCUUCACAAUAUGGUGUGCCAUCCUCAUCAUACGGAGUGCCCGGAUACAGCACCAGGGUUGUAGGAAUCGAUCUUGAAGGAAUCAAACAGGCCAUUCAGGUAGCUCAGUACAACCAAGUGUCUCAAUCUGCUGGAUUCUCUGGAUAUCCAAGUGGACCCAGCGGUAGCUACGGAGUUCCCUCCAGGCCAUCUGGUUCCUACGGAGCCCCUUACUAGGCCUUCCCUCGGAGCGGGAAAGAACUGAUUUAAGUGUACUUAACUCGCAAAUAAUAUCAACAAUUACCACCAAAAAGCACGGGUCAUGAUGCAUCUCAACGACUGUCAGCCACAACAUCAUCGAGUGAUCGUAACAUCAUCAAAUUUUUUGUUUUGUAUAAAGUUUUUUAUGUUUUUUAAAAAAAAUACAUUUGUCACCGUAAA